AUGAGUGCGACUUUGCAACCUUAUCUGGAAGCGGUACGCAAGACUCUCGAGGCAGCACUUUGCUUGGAAGAAUUUAGUUCACAAGUUGUUGAACGCCACAACAAACCAGAGGUUGAAGUUUGUACCUCGAAGGAGUUGCUUUUGACCCCCCUUGUGGUUUCUCGCAACAAGCAGGAACGGGUGUUGAUUGAGCCUUCCAUUAAUGCAGUUCGAAUGAGUAUUGCUGUUAAACAGGCAGAUGAUAUUGAAAAAAUUCUUGCGCAUAAAUUCACACGUUUUAUGUGUCAACGUGCUGAUAACUUUGUCAUUCUCAGGAGAAAGCCUAUUCCUGGUUAUGAUAUCUCGUUCCUGAUUACUGCGGCCCACACACAAAUGAUGUAUAAACACAAGCUUGUUGACUUCCUCAUUCAUUUUAUGCAGGAGAUUGACAAGGAGAUUAAUGACAUGAAGCUAGCUUUAAAUGCUCGUGCUCGUGUUUCUGCGGAAGAGUUUUUGAAAAGAUUCAAUUAG